AUGAGGUUCCCACCCGAAUCACCAACUCCUCUCCAGAUCCAAAAACUACGUGAACUCCUUAAACUUAUCAAUGAUCUAAGACAGAUGUUUUUAUAUCUUGAUGCAAACCUUUUCGUUGAGUUUAUUACAUCCGCUGACUCCGGAUAUGUUAAAGCAUUUGUUGAGAACUUCCGCAAAGAGUUUAAUAACCUCUGCAGCUUCUUCCCGUUCCUGCGUCCAGAACCUUUAACUUCAGAGCCAGCUCAGGAAUGUACAGACGACAGAUCUGAUGUCCAAGAUAUUAUUCAACGCAUUUCAGCUGCUUUACGCCAAGCAAAUCUCCCGCCAGAAGUUGCCAAUUGUUUUAAUCAAAGAUUAAACGAAUACCAGAAUGCAAUGAUGGCUCUCAACGCUUCUAUGGUCAACAGCAACAUUAUGACUAAGAAUCUUAACGGUGUAAUGCUCAGACAAAGGCUUGAAUUACCAGAAAAGUUCUAUUUACCAAAGAACGACUUUGUCAUCAAGAAGAAGAUCGGAUCUGGUGGCUUUGCUGAUGUACAUGAAGGUAUCCAGCAAUCUACACAGAAAGUUGUUGCCAUCAAGAUUCUUCAUUCCACCGAAAUGAGUGAAACGGUUUUCACUUCUUUCAAGCGUGAGAUCGAAAUCCAAGCCUCCCUUAGCAACUUCGCCAUUCUCGAGCUGGUUGGUGUCUGUUUAGAAGCUCCAUUUUACAUUGCAACAGAAUUCAUGCCGAAAGACUGCCUUUUCAAGCGUCUUCAUUUACAAUCUAAGCUCAAACCUACACAACGUACCAUCAUUGCCCUUGGUUGCGCUAUUGGUUUGGCUUAUAUGCACAAACAUAAUUAUAUCCACAGAGAUAUCAAAUCCCUCAACAUUCUUUUAGAUGCCGAUGACUUCCCAAAGAUCUGCGACUUCGGUAUGAGUAGGACUCUCGCUAAAUCCAAGGAAUUAAUGUCAGGCGGUGUCGGAACUGCACAAUGGGAAGCUCCCGAGGUCAUCAACAACAUGCAAUACAACGAAAAAGCCGAUGUAUACUCUUACGGUAUCCUUUUAUGGGAAAUCUUAACAUCAGAUUUUCCAUUUAGAGGAUUAUCACAAGUACAAGUGGCCAUGAACGUUGUCGGCAAUGCCAUCAGACCAGUUAUUCCCAAUGUAGCACCUCCAAAGAUCACGAAAAUGAUCAAAUUAUGCUGGGACCAAGAAGCAAGUCGCCGACCAUCUAUGGAACAAGUUGCCAGAGCCAUUGCAUGCGGUGAAGUUGUCUUUCCAGGUACUCACAUGCCAACUGUCGAAGCAUAUUUGGCGAGAUUUGGAGAUGAUCCAAUUGUCAACGCGAUUAAAAACGCAAACAACAAGGAAACACCCUCUGUUCCUUCAUUUCCUCGCCAUCCAUCCAUGGCAGAACCAUUACCAUCUGCACCAUCAUCACGUCUUCGCCAGCAGAGAUCGAUGACGAAAUACGAGAAGAAGGCAUCUCACAGGUCUGAAGGGCCGAAGACACAUUCUCCACCAAACGAAGUCAGGAUUUUGAACUUGGUUGAUCCGAGAAGGCCAAAUCCAGCUCUUAUUCCUGGUAUCAUUGAAUUACUCAAAGGAAAAGAACAGGAACAAGUCAUUACAAUGCUUGUUGAAAUGGCAAAUACUCCUGAAUGGUGCACUUCCAUCAAAGAUUCCGAAAUCAUCCCAACAUUGACAGGAAUUCUUAAUACAACACAAAAUCCAACUUUGGCAACAAAAAUUUAUUCAAUUUUUGUCAAAUUUGACAAGAACCAAGUUCCAUUGAAUUCUGCUUAUGCCUCUAUUUUCUCAUCCUUCCAGAGACUCGGAAACACAUCAAUGGCCGAUGUUUUGCAGUUAAUCAUCUCCGCAAUGCAGCAUGGAAUUGAACCUCCAACAGUUGAAGGAUUCAUGGUAAAACUUGCCGCUUUCUUGCAGGCAGGAAAUAUGAAUUGCAGAAUAAUAACUGUUUCGAUUCUCCAGCAGUUGAUAAUGAAAUCCAAUUUCUUGCAGCAAUUCUCUGUCAUCUUUUUACCUGCAAUUGCAAACUUAAUCCCUGGCGGUGAAAUUUUGUCUCAAACAAUUGAAAUCAUCUACUUUUUGAUAACAAAAGGCGGUUUGUCAAAAGAAUUUGUUGAAGCCAACGGUUUUCUGACAAUUUUGUCAUUGAUUCUUCCAACAGAUACGACAACACCACAACUUAACCAGCAAGACAAACAGAAGGCUUUUGCUAUCUUUGGAAAUUUAGUCAAAGUACAAGUCAAUGAUGAAAACCUCAACAAAUUCGCUGACAUGUUGCAAUAUGUCUUGAAAUCUAUUACAGAUUUUAAUGAUUUAUGUGUCUUUGUUGCAGCCACAGCCUUUUCAUUCUCAAAGCAUGAUUUGUCGCCAGUUAUUUUAGUCAAAUACGCUGAUUUCAUCAAAUCAUUGUAUACAAUUGAAGACCAAAGAGUUGUUUUGAUUGCAUUGAAGAUUACUUAUUUCUUCUUGCAACACAAUGAAACAAGAAAGGUUUUCUUGGAUUCUGGAGCAGCAUUGACUAAAUUACUUAAUCCAGCGAAUGAAGCAAUUGCUGCUAUCACUGCUUCUUGCAUGAUACAGUUUUACGCUUCAUUGGAUAAUGAGAAGUAUUUGGAGUUGUUGAAUCAAGAACUAUUUACUUUCUUGUACACGGCAUUGAUGACAGAAAACAGCUUGGCACCUUAUGCUUUGAGAUUGUUCGGAACAAUCUCUUUGACAUACGAUGGAGCUGCUUUCCUCCAAUCAAACUCCAUUCCUCAACUCGCUGGAAACUUCAUGAUGUCUUCAACACCGGAAUUGAAGUUACUCGGUUACCAGGCAUUUACAGCGUUCGUUGUUACUUAUCCGAUGUCUGAUACAGCAUUGGCAGCAACACAAGUCGCCACACAAUCAUUGAAUGAUAGUACAUUGAUGCCUUAUCCUUUGUUGAUGAUCUCUUCUUUGAUUGUUUGCCCUGCAGCUGCUGUAAACAUCGCUCCAAACAUUGGUUGCCUCGUGAAGUUACUUGACACUGAUGCCUCGCAAACUAAACUUGUUUUGCAAGCAUUGACAAAGGUGUUUGGUACUUUGGAAGCAAGAGAUUACUUCUCGGACACAGAAGCACUCGUAAGUCUCUUCAACAAGGCUGGAGAUUACGUAGGAACAAGCGAUUGGUGGACUUUAGUUGAGUUGAUUGAUAUGGCAACUGGUACUUCUGUUGGAUUGAACGCUGUUGCUCAGUCUAACGUUGCAACUGUACUGAAGCAGGCAAUGACAAUGAAGAAUAUUACAAGAAAACAGAAGUGGCAUAUCAACAGAGUCUUCGUAAGACUUGAAUGCUCAACUUAA